AUGUCGAAAUCUCAAACUUCAAUGGAAUUCAAAGAAAAUGAAAAAGACAAAACUUCGGAUAACAAGAAGGCUAAAGAAGAGACGGUUGGAAAAGAUAAGAAGAAGGAAAAGAAGGAAGUUGUGAAAGAAAUUCCGAAAGAACAGCCGAAAGAUCAACCGAAAAAGGAAAAAAGAGCUGAAGAUGAUGCGAAUAAGCCAAAUGAGCCGAGUGGAAUGGAUGUGAUUGUGAAAGAAGACGAUAAGAAGACCAAAAUGGAUGAUGGAUACGAGGAUUUUGGUCCUGGUGCACAACAGAGUUGA